CCGGGCUGUAUUUUUCUCUGUAAGUUGGUCUUAAUACUUUAAUUUUCAGUCUUAUGUAAAUGACUAUUAGGAGUUUUGGUUUAAUUCCAGUAAUAGAACACCACAGUACUGUUUACCUCACCAGCUCCAUCCUAAAAGCACUAACGAUCAUAGGGUUCGUGCGCGCGGCGCCUCAGUGAAAACAGCGAGCCAUUGCUUUGACGUCACGGUGAUGAUGACGAUUGGAAUCCGCACGGCGAGUGUAGUGCGCGUGAAGCGGCUCCUGUGAACCUCAGUAUGUUGAUGCCUUAAUAACAAGUGUUCAAUUUACGCGCCAGUUGCAGGAGCACUCAAGGAGAGAAGCAAGUCCGUGAGAUGGUUCGGUAGAUGUCGAUGUAAUGGAUUUGACUAAAAUGGGUGCGAUCCACCUCCAGAACCCCAGCCAUCCCACAUCGCUCCUGCAGAAGGCCAACCAGAUGCGCCUCUCUGGGACAUUGUGUGAUGUGGUCAUCAUGGUCGACAGCCAGGAGUUUCAUGCCCACAGAACCGUGCUCGCAUGUGCUAGUAAGAUGUUUGAGAUCCUGUUCCACCGCAACAGCCAACAUUACACUCUGGACUUCCUCUCACCAAAGACCUUCCAGCAGAUUCUGGAGUACGCCUACACCGCCACGCUUCAAGCCAAGCUGGAGGACCUGGACGACCUGCUCUAUGCCGCAGAGAUUUUAGAGAUAGAAUACUUGGAGGAGCAAUGUCUGAAGAUCUUGGAAACCAUUCAGGCGUCUGAAGAGAACGACACGGACGUGAACAUGAACGAGAACGGCGCCGAGGAUGCCGAUGACCGCAAGAUCAAGUACCUUAAGAGCACAUUUAUCUCUAAAAAGCAUUCCAUACAGGAUGCCGGCCAUCGCUUGGCGCUGGUCAGCAUGGUCGAUAAGAGAUCUUCAGAGUCCAUCCAACUGGGUCUUUCAACUGUCAGCCCGACUAAAGCAGCCGUAGAGGGCCUGAUGAGCAUGGGGCAGUCUGUCCUCCAAGGAAACAUGGCCCAGAGUUUCUCAAACAACCUUGGUAACUCAUCUCCAUUGCUAGAUAAAAUCAAGACUGAGAUGAUGCAGGUAGAUGAGGACUACCAACAUGAUGGUGGCUUCCCCAGGAACGACUCCAGGCAGCUCCGGGACACUCCUGGAACCCCGACCAGAGGUAGCGUCAUCACCAGCGCCCGCGAGCUCCACUCUGCCGAUAGUUCUGCUGAUUCCCAUGGAGACAGCAGCCAAGUGGGUCUAGUCAAUAUGGCCAGUCUGGCUGAUAGACAUUUCGCUUCGCUGUGCUCUAUCCCGUCCAACCAUAAGAGUGAAAGCAUGCUGCCCUUGCCUGUGUCCAUGGCCUCAUCGCUACAUGUGCCGUCCUCCCUGGCCAUGUCGAUGGAUUUCAGUGCCUAUGGGGGACUCUUCCAUCAGAGCUUGAUUCAGAAGGAGUUCUUAAGCAAGCUUGGGGAUUUCACAGCGAAUGUAAAGCAUGAGGUCCAAACCCAGAAAGAAAGAUGUGAGGUGUGUGAUAUGGAGCUGCCUGAUAAUGAAGCUGCUGAACAACACAGGAAGUUGCAUGGUGGAGUGAAGACCUUUGGCUGUGAGUUCUGUGGAAAGCAGUUCCUGGACAGUUUACGAUUGAGGAUGCACAUGCUGUCUCAUUCAGCUGGACCAAAAGCACUAGUAUGUGAUCAGUGUGGCGCUCAGUUUUCCAAGGAAGACUCCCUGGAAGCCCAUCGACAGACUCACACAGGCUCAGACAUGGCAGUGUUUUGUCUCCUAUGUGGGAAGCGUUUCCAGACCCAGAAGGCUUUGCAGCAGCACAUGGAGAUUCACGCCGGCAUGCGCAGCUACGUCUGCAGCGAGUGCGAGCGCACCUUCCCGAGCCACACGGCGCUCAAACGCCACCUUCGCUCGCACACAGGUGACCACCCGUUCGAGUGCGAGUUCUGCGGGAGCUGCUUCCGUGACGAGAGCACUCUGAAGGGUCACAAGCGCAUCCACACCGGAGAGAAGCCUUAUGAAUGUAACGGCUGUGGCAAGAGGUUCAGCCUCAAGCACCAGCUGGAGACCCACUACCGCAUCCACACAGGUGAGAAGCCGUUUGAGUGCAAACUGUGCCACCAGCGCUCUCGGGACUACUCCGCCAUGAUCAAACACCUGCGUACCCACAACGGCGCUUCUCCCUACCAGUGCACCAUCUGCCAGGAGUACUGCCCCAGCCUCUCGUCCAUGCAGAAGCACAUAAAGGCCCACAAGCCCGAGGACGUGCCCCCAGACUGGAGGAUAGAGAAGACCUACCUGUACCUCUGCUACGUGUGAGAUGGGCCGACAAAACCGAAAGAGAAAGUGGCAAGAUGCGCCCAAGGACAUUUCACCUGAAGGUUUGCUUUUGGUCCAGGCCAAAGACGGUGAGGGGGCGUGGUCAAAGUAAUGAAAUGUGAUGUGGAUUUUUUUGACCUUUCGUUUGUGACAUGCAUUUGUGCACAUUUUUAGGAUGUAACUGCACUAGCAAAUGUUUAUGAAAUGGAAAUGUUAUAUAUGAUAAAGGGAUGUGAAUUCUGAGAAAGUGUUAGUAGUACAGUCCACCACUAUGACGAGAAUCCAUUUGUCUGCAUUCCACCCUGCUGAUCGGAGAAAUUCACUGCAUGGUCAUACUUGUAAUGUUUUAUUCAAAUAAGGAUUCCCGUAAUUUUUUUUUAUCUCCAUGGACAACACAUAAGCCAUAGAUUUUUAAGACCCCAUGAAAUCUGUCAUAGGGAUCAUCCAGUAGGCUUUAGUUACAUCACAACCAUACUUUUAAAUGCAUAUCCGUUAAAGGCCAAUGUUUAGAAUACGCUAGCAACCUCAAAGCUAACACACAUGGACUCAAAGUCUCCUAUUUUGAUUUCAUGGAGUCUUAAUGGAGCUAUUCUGAGUCAAAUAAAAACAUGGACCAAAGCUGAAAAAAUACACACAUAAUGAAACAGAGGAGCUAAACACAUUAGUGAAUGAAAUUAUGCCCUUUUUUAGUAAAAUGCUCCCUUAAGUUCAUUAUUAGGCUCUCUGGUCCUCAAUUUUCAUGGGUUUUUUUUAUAAACGCAUGCGAGGAAAUGCACAGGGUUGGACCCAUUAGUCAUUUUCUUUAAAGCAUAAUAAAGUGCUUAACAAAACAGCUUUUCUCAGUGGUACAUACAAAUUGUGCUGCCAAGCAACUGUAGUGGAUGUUUAGGGACAUUUAUUCAACCUUAAAUAACUACACUGCACUUUCAGAGUUUCAGAGGCCCGUUUUUUUUUUUUUUCAGCACCAUUUCUGCAUAAGCCAGAGAGGUGAAUCUCUGCGAUUUGCUUUCAUUUCAGUCACUUUCACACCAAAUAGUACAGCAUAUCAGUUGAUUUCUUUUUUUGUUCACAUGGUAACAUGACACAAUCACAGUUUUGCAACUGCAGGUAUUUUAGUCUAAUGAAAUGGUAAUAUCGUACUCAUAAAUCAAAUUAUGAAUUAAAAAGAGAUUAUUUUUUACAUUCAAAAACCGCAAUGCAGUAUAUGUUUCUGCAGUCUUCUGCUGAGGAUACCUGUAGUUAGCUCGCCGUUUUAGUUUGUGUUCUGUCAUCUCUGUUCGAGCGUUUUACUUGAAUUGCCUAAUUUUGUUACCUCACAUGCUAGAUUUAUUUUUGUACUAGUCUUUGUCUCUCAUUUCCUGCUGAGCUUUGUUUAAGAGCUGUGCAACGCAUUUAGAAUGCCACAUCAUCAGGCUCACACGGAAUCAGAGAGAAAUUUAAGAGAAAAUUGGAACGUUUGUUCGCAACGUUCUAUAUAUCUGCUGCCCCUUAUGUGUUUAUGUUUUGGUUAAUUGGUAAAUGUUUUAUCUAUCAAUAAGACUGUAGUACUUUACAUUUAAGGCAUUUUACUAUGUUUAAAUGUAUUCUGCACUACUAAAAAAAAGGCCUUUUUGUUUGGCGAAUUUCAACGAGCAAAAUCGCAAUACUAACUCAUGACAAUACGUAACUAUUUUAUGUUUUGGCAAAUUGGUGACCAAUUGGUGUAAAUUUGUACAAUCUCAUUUAUACUUUUUGAACACUCUGCUUACGCCCCAUUGACGGUUAAGUUUAGGGGUGGACCUUCAUGCUUACGUAUUUUUCAAAACAUCAUCAAUUUCUGCACCAAUCAGAUUGUACAAAUUCCUACAAAAUCACCUCAUAAAAUAGUUACAUUUUCUCAUGAGAUCAGGUUGGAAAUCCAGUCUUUUCAAUAGGAAUCAACAUUUUCAGAAAUGUUACAUAAGAGCGGAAGAUUUCCAUUUUUGCAGAUUUCGCAACAGGUUCAAAAUCGUCAUUUUUAAAAACAAAUCGCACAUUUUCAUAUUAAACAGAUCAUACGUAUUAAUGCAAAAUCACCACUUUGUAAAAUAGUUACCUUUUCUCAUGAGAUCAGGUUCGAAAUCCAGUCAUUUGAAUAGAAACCAACAUGAUCAGGAAUUUUACAUGAGGGCGAAAGAUUUCCAUUUUUGCAGAUUUCGCAACAGGUUCAAAAUCAUCCUUUUUUUUUUUUUAAAUCGCACAUUUUCAUAUGAAUCACAUCAUACGCAUUCAUAGAAAUCACCACCUCGUUAAAUAGUUACCUUUUCUCAUGAGACCAGGUUCGAAAUCCAGUCAUUUCAAUAGAAAUCAACAUGAUCAGGAAUUUUACAUGAGGGCGAAAGAUUUCCAUUUUUGCAGAUUUCGCAACAGGUUCAAAAUCAUCCUUUUUUUUUUUUUAAAUCGCACAUUUUCAUAUGAAUCACAUCAUACGCAUUCAUAGAAAUCACCACCUCGUUAAAUAGUUACCUUUUCUCAUGAGACCAGGUUCGAAAUCCAGUCAUUUCAAUAGAAAUCAACAUGAUCAGGAAUUUUACAUGAGGGCGAAAGAUUUCCAUUUUCGCAGAUUUCACAACAGGUUCAAAUUCAUAUAUUUUUUAAAUCGCACAUUUUCAUAUGAAUCACAUCAUAUGCAUUCAUGCGAAAUUGUCACCUCGUAAAAGAGUUACCUUUUCUCAUGAGAUCAGUUUGGAAAUCCAGUCACUUCAAAAAAAAAAAAUCCAAAUGAUCAGGAAUUUCAUAUGAGAGAGAACAUUACCAAUUGCACAGAUUUCACAACGAGUUUAAAGGUAGGGUAGGUGAUUUCGGAGAGGCUAGCAAUAGCAAGCUAGCUUUUAAUGCAUAAGAUCCCACCCUCCCUGCAAAUCACUCUCCAAAGCCACACCUCCUCCAAAUCACAUGAACGCGCACAGGCAAACCAGAGGCUAACCAGCGACACGAUGAGAGACUGCUUUGGUGCAGGGUUGAAUGCAACGCUAUCAGAUUAACUCGUGUCUCUUUCACCGCUUCAUGCUUAUGUUUAUUCUCUAAAAAUCAUAAGUUUUCAUAUAAGUAACAUAUGCAUUCAUAUAAAAUUCACCCAUCACUACAGUAUUGACAAUGGACCCUUUUUGCUUAUGAAACGAUUCUGAAAUGUGCUAAUGUGACCACAUCUUAAAUGCUGAUUCCGUCUGGGUCUGUGAAUUAUUCAGUGGUAUUUUAGCGUUAAGCAUAGUACUAGUGUGCAUAUCUGCCUCUCGGCCAUCAGUUUCAGGGCUACCUCUGCUCUCAGUUUUGCACUAAAGCAAAAGCACAGCAUUUUCAUUUACACCCACUCUUAUGUUUCCAUUCACUAAUAAAAAAACAACAACUCGGUUCGUUCAUCAUUAUAUUUACACUCCUUAUGAUAAAACGUAUUCAUCCUGAAAGGGUAGAUGCAUACAUUCUAGAUGAUUUUAGAAUAGCGUUGAGAAAAUGUUUAGUUAUUAGAUACUUGAGGGGAUAAACUUGAAACAAUGUGAAUAAAAAUGAUGUUUUUAUGUGAAAAUUAUUCAAGCGGUAAGUCAUCAGAGAUGCGUGCAGUUACGUGGAAAAGUUCGCUAGAAAACAAAAACAAAUAGGUGAUUUUCUGUGAAAAUAAAUCUCUCGACAAGAGCCAAAUGCGGCACUUUGAUAAGGGAAUAUGUUGUAUUUUUGUACGGGGUAUUGUGCGACCCCUGUUCUUUUUUUUUUUUCUUUCUUUUUUUUUUUCAUUUUGAGUGAGGCGAAUAUUUUUACAGUAUCGUUUGCAUUUGUGCUUGUUCUUGAUUUGCAUGGAAAAUUGUUUUCUUGUGCUUAUUUUACAAUGUUAAACAUAUAAAAGUAGUAGAUGUUUGUAAAAACGUAUUGUAGUCAUUGCUGCUGGGUGUCAGUUCAUAUGAUGAUGAUGAUGAUGAUGAUGAUGAUGAUGAUUCCACAUUUCGAGUAUACAAUGACUGUGAGUGAACUAAUGCCAAGAGCUGUAGGUCAAGGAGCACAAGCGACCUGUAAGACAUGAAAAGUAAAGCUGUAUCUGUGUGUUUGUAUCGUGUUCACCGCUCACUGUAAGAUUAGUCACAUAUACGGUCUGUACUGGUCCUUGUGUGUGCAGUGUGCGUCAAUGUGGUCGACUUCUUCAGUGUUAAAUACAUGCACCGGUUAGCAACAACGAGGUGCUCUGACAGACACCCUGUAAAUGAUUUGAUACACCAUCUGCCCUGUAUUUGUGUCUUUAUGCAAAGUCACCUUGAUAUGAACUGUGCUCUUAGGCAGUCAGGGAUGCCUUUCCUUUUCCUCACGGAACAUCAUAGAUAUCAAUUUUAGGAUAAACACCUACACUUUCCUUGUCAUUAUGGAUACUAUGUUUAGUUUUGUAACCUCUUUUUCGGUCGCCACAAGCAAUAAAUCUACAGGUCAGCAUUUAAGUGAAAACUUGGCAUCCCUGCCGCUGUAUCACUGUGUUUUACUUUGCUUUCAGACAGGAAGUAGCCAUGUCACUCAGUGCGCCCAUAUUUGUGCCAUUGUUACACAAAUUAAUACUCGGACUGAGGAUCCACGUGGGACCAAACGGCCAUUUUCGCUCCAUUUGCCUUGUUCUAGUGACAAGACCGUGUUCUUGGUGUCGAAAUGGUUUUACAUUCGUUGUGUUUUACUUUAUUGUAUUGUCUACCUCAGCACCAGUUCUUUGUGUAACUUUUAAAAGGUGCCCAAUUAUUGUUACUUUGUUUUGUGUAUACAUUUUGUAUUAUAGCCUUGUAGGGUUUUUGUUCUUCUCUUUGUUUCAGCAUAGAGAUGCUGUUUUGAAGCACUGUGUAGUGAAUUUGAUGCUGCAGAUAGAGGUGUAGAUUCCUUUUCCCUUCUCUAUGUGGGUUCAGACACAUCUCUGUAUACGUCAGUGUUCUAAAAUAAACUUGUAACAGAAAUGU